AUGGCUGCCGGCAGCGCCACCUCGGGCUCCUGCGCGCUCCUCGUCUCCAUCCUUUCCGCCGCGCUCCUCUUCGGCGUAGGGGAGGCCGGGGCUGUGCGCAAGGCGGUCGACCCGGAGUGGCAUCAGGCCACCGCGACCUGGUACGGCAGCGCCGAGGGCGACGGCAGCGAUGGCGGCGCGUGCGGGUACGGGACGCUGGUGGACGUGGUGCCGAUGAAGGCCCGCGUGGGCGCGGUGAGCCCGGUGCUGUUCAAGUCCGGCGAGGGCUGCGGCGCCUGCUACAAGGUGAGGACGCCGUGCAAGUACCGGGGGAAGAACAUCGCCUUCCGCGUGGUCGAGGGCUCCACGACCUUCUGGCUCUCGCUUCUGGUGGAGUUCGAGGACGGCGACGGUGACAUUGGAUCCAUGCAGCUCAAGCAGGCAAACUCGGCACAAUGGCAGGACAUGAAGCACAUAUGGGGUGCCACCUGGAGCCUCACGCCGGGCCCAUUGGUGGGACCGUUCUCUGUUAGGCUGACGACCCUAACUACAAAGAAGACCCUCUCGGCCCAAGACGUCAUCCCUAGGAACUGGACUCCCAAAGCAACAUACACAUCUCGUCUCAACUUCGCAUAG